UUGUUUUUCUAAGUAAUAAUACUUUCUGCCUUGGCCUUCGAAGUAAAGGAUGAUGGAGCUUGACAGAGAUGACUGCCAAAGUGAUGAGUCCACCGUGGAAGAUGAAGAUGACGCCACGUAUUCACUUGGUGACCUGAGUUGUGGGGAUGUUCAGCUGUGGGCUACAGAUCGAUGUAAGAGUGGUAGUGCCAUCAUGGUGUACAGGCCUAUGGAAGGUGCAGUGAUCCAUGGAAUUUGCAAACUGCUGACAAUCAGACAGGCGAGUGUUACUGAGGCGACGGAGUCAUUCCUGCAUGUUAUUACGACACGGUUACAGAAGGCAUCAGGUACUGCAAAUCUGCUACGCCAGGAAGUGUGCCAGCUGAAGGCAUGCAAGGGUGCUGAUAUUUCUCAAGCAUGGCAACAAAUGCUGUCCGUCAUCGCAACAGCUAUUCCCGAAGUGAAAAUCAAUUGUGAAGAUUUGGAAGUUACAUCUGCAGUGCUAGCGAAUCUGAUAAGCUACCUGCAUGCCACGGCUGCCGCUGCUAUCAGGAAAGCGUCAAUAGCACCAUCCAAAGCUGCUGAAGCCAUCCCCGAACCGGUGAUUGACAAUUUGUCUCACCUUGCUGAAAAGUACCAUGGUGGUUGGUGCUUGGUGGCCGUGCGGCGUGAGCUGGAAGGAGCAAGGUGUCGCAACGACAACUUGCUGCAGCUUAUACCUUUAUUUGGCAAGGAUGCCGUGACAAGCCUUCAGCCUUGUUUGGAGAAUUUUGGAGCCAUUCUCCAAACAUCUGAGCAUCAAGCGUUGCCCAGAAAUGACCAACCGCUCAGUGACCAUGGCUAUGCAGCACCCAUAGCUGCAACACAGCAUGGAGAGCAGAAGCAUACGUUUGUACUUGUGCCUGCUGCAUGCUCCUUGUUUCACCAGCUUAAUUUAAUAACCCAUUCCCAGUUCCCCAGCAUGCUCAACACACACAAGCAACACGCCGUGAGUGCAAUGCAAGAGCACCUGGAAGCAAAUCUCCUCAUCCGCCAACUGUUUAAUGAUAUAAACAACUGA